AUGUCCACUAAACUGAGCGGGAAAGUCACAAUCAUCACCGGCUCCGGAUCGGGUUACGGCGCCGGAAUUGCCACCAGAUUCGUGGCAGAGGGAGCUCGUGUUGUUAUUGCUGACUUGUCUGGAGAAAAUGCAAAGAAGGUCGCCGAGCGACUUGGAUGUUCAUGGGUCCAGGCCGAUGUCACUAAGCGUCUCGGCUGGGAGGCUAUUUUGAAGAAGGCGAUCUCAACCUAUGGAGGUGUUGACGUAGUGGUGAACAACGCGGGCGCCUGUUAUAAAAACAAGCCUACCCUGCAAGUCCAAGAAUCAGACUUCGAUCUCUGCAUGGAUGUUAACGCGAGGGCAAUUCUUCUGUCGACAAGCGUUAUUAUUCCAACCAUGCUAGUGCAGAACCGCGGGGGCAGUUUCAUUCAGAUUGCAUCUACUGCUGCAGAUCGACCUCGACCAGGAUUGACUUGGUAUAGUGCGUCUAAGGCAGCUGCAGUAGUGGCAACAAAAUCUCUUGCUGUCGAGUUUGCUCCCCACAACAUUCGUUUCAACUCGGUUUGCCCCGUUGUUGGAGGCACCGGGAUGACCCAUCUUUUCCUUGGUAAAGAGGACACUCCGGAGAACCGCGAAGCAUGGCUGUCGAGCAUUCCUCUAGGCCGAUUCUGUCAGCCUGCCGAUAUCGCUAAUGCCUGCGCCUUCCUGUCGAGCGACGAUGCCUCCUUUAUUACAGGAAUAGAUUUGAAGGUUGAUGGUGGUCGCUGCUGCUAG